AUGGGUUACGGAUGGGCGAUCUUCGAAGGGAUGCUGGUGAUUGGUUCCCUGGGUCUCCUAGGAUCGGCCGGUCUCUGGUUCCUCAACCGGAGGCUUUACAAGGAGUACGAAGAGAAGCGAGCCUUGGUUCAGAUCAUUUUCAGCGUCGUCUUCGCCUUCUCUUGCAACCUCUUACAGCUCGUUCUAUUCGAAAUCAUCCCUGUUUUAUCUAGAGAGGCACGGAUGAUAAACUGGAAGGUGGAUCUCUUUUGUUUGAUAGUGCUCCUUGUUUUCAUGUUACCAUAUUAUCAUUGCUAUUUGAUGCUUCGCAAUACUGGUGUGAGAAGGGAACGUGCUGCUGUUGGGGCCUUGUUAUUCUUGACAGCGUUCCUUUAUGCUUUCUGGCGCAUGGGAAUUCAUUUUCCUAUGCCUUCACAAGACAAAGGUUUUUUCUCAAUGCCUCAACUCGUCAGCAGAAUCGGGGUCAUUGGUGUUACCCUCAUGGCAGUUUUAUCCGGUUUUGGAGCUGUAAAUUUGCCAUACAGUUAUAUAUCGCUCUUCAUUAGGGAGAUUGAAGCAUCUGAAAUAAAAUCGUUGGAACGGCAAUUGAUGCAAUCAAUUGAGAGUUGUAUUGCGAAGAAGAAGAAAAUUAUUUUAUGUCAGGUGGAAGUGGAAAGAAAUCAAGUAUCAGAAGAACUUCACAAGGGUAAAUCUUUCUUUAGAAGAUUUGUUGGGACUGUUGUGCGGUCGGUUCAAGAUGACCAAAAGGAGCAAGAUAUAAAACUAAUGGAGGCGGAGGUAGAUGGUUUGGAAGAGCUGUCAAAGCAGCUUUUUUUGGAAAUUUAUGAACUCCGCCAAGCAAAGGAUGCUGCAGCUUUUUCUCGAACUUGGAAGGGUCAUGUACAGAACGUACUUGGCUAUGCGUGUUCCAUUUACUGUGUGUAUAAGAUGUUAAAGUCUCUACAAAGUGUAGUUUUCAAGGAGGCGGGCUCGAAAGAUCCUGUCACGAUGAUGAUCAGCAUAUUCUUGCAAUUCUUUGAUAUAGGAGUAGAUGCGGCAUUGCUCUCACAGUACAUCUCGCUGUUAUUUAUUGGGAUAUUGAUCGUGAUAUCAGUGAGGGGAUUCUUGACCAAUCUGAUGAAGUUCUUCUUUGCAGUGUCGAGAGUAGGAAGUGGGUCUUCAAGCAAUGUUGUGCUUUUCCUAUCCGAAAUCAUGGGAAUGUACUUUUUGUCUUCCAUUCUUCUUAUAAGAAAAAGCUUGAGAAAUGAGUACAGAGGGAUAAUAACAGAUGUAUUAGGCGGAGAUAUUCAGUUUGAUUUCUAUCAUCGAUGGUUUGAUGCAAUCUUCGUGGCAAGCGCUUUUCUCUCUCUGCUUUUGCUUUCUGCGCACUACACAUCUCGUCAAAUUGAUAAGCACCCCAUUGACUAA